AUGGACCGGCCCGACGCUGCGCCUGCGCAUGCCGCGGCCCACACCCCCAUGCGAGGAGCCGCGACGCCACUCAAGACGCCGCUGCGCACGCCGCUGCGCAGUCUGGAUCAAACAUCGACCACGCCCAUCACGCCAUUCGAGAAGAUCGAGGCGCAGAAAGAGAACGUCCAGCCCCGUGCGCGCGGGCGCAGUGCGCAUGCGCUGAGCACGGCGCUCGGCAUGCCCCCGAAAGAGCGGCACGAUGUGCUAGCCGCGCAGCGCCAGGCGCACGAGGCGCACGUCCACAGCGCCGAAAAUGCCGAGGCGGACGACCCGCUCGAGGCCUGGUGCGCCUACGUCAAGUGGUGCAUCGACAACUACCCCGACGGCAAGAGCGCAGAGAGCGGCAUCGUGCCGCUCCUCGAGCGCGCCACGCGCACCUUCCGUGCGUCCGAGCAGUACCGCCACGACUCGCGGUACCUGCGCCUGUGGAUUCUGUAUGCCCAGCACACGGACGUGCCGCGCGAUGUGUUCCAGUUCCUCCUCGCAAACGAGAUCGGGACGAACCUCGCGGGCCUGUACGAGGAGCUCGCGAACGUGCUCGAGGGCGACGGCGCAUACGAUGAGGCGGACGAGACGUACAAGCUCGGCAUCGCGCGCCGCGCGAGCCCCCUGGACCGCCUCAAGCGCCGCUACGGCGAGUACCAGCAGCGCAUCCUGAGCCUCCCUGAGCUCUCGGACGAGCCACGCACAAACUACGCACAAGCACUCGCGCGCGCCAUGGCCAAGGCCGGACGCAGCGUGCUCGGCACCAAGACAGGCCGCGGCGAGAGCCAGCCGGCGAAUGUGCUCGGCACACACCAGCCGCUGUCCAGCGCGGCGCCACGGCCCAAUGCCCGCACGAUGAACGUGUACUGCGACGAAAACGACGAGGCGCCCAGAGGCGCCCGCGCCGCAUGGUCCGACCUCGGCCACGCGCCGACGCGCCACAAGGAAAACCAGCUCGGGGCGCGCACGCUCCAGCCCCUGCCCCAGAGCGCGAUGACGCCGCGCACCCAGGCGCGCGCACUCGAGGUGUUUUGCGACUCGGACGAAGAUGCCAGCCCCCGCCGCACGCCGCGCGCGGCCGUGCUGGGCCAGAGCGCCCCCAGCGAGGCCGACCAGCUGCGCCGCCAGCCGUUCCUCCACUACAGUCCCCAGGCGCUCCAACCGCCGCCGCGCAGCGCGCCGCGUGCGCCGGCGCCCAAGAAGCGCAGCGCCAAGCCCGUGGCCGAGCGCCACGCAGCGCCGCUCGAGCGCCUGUACCCCGGCGUAGACAUUCGUGCGUACGUGCAGGACAAGGCGCGGCCGCUGCCCCGCACCGCCGAGCGGAGCCUGGACGAGGUGUACGCGGAGCGCCACCUGCCCGCCACGAGCGCCGCGGAUCCGUGGGCGUACCUGGAUGCGCAAACGGGCGAGUGGUGGCCGCGCCGGGAGGCGCCGCGGCGCGCGCCGAGUCCGACGGUCGUGACCAGAGCGGCGAUCCUCGAGGUGGACAGCAUGUUCAACGGCGACAGUGAGGAGAGCGAGAGCGACGACAGCGAGAGUGGCUCCGACGAGUCGGUGCGGUACCCCGUCAUGCCGAGCGAGGAGAACGACGUGCCGCCGACGCCGCGCGCCGCGCCGCCCGACGCGCUCGGCGGUGGCCCGUCGCGCCUGCCGUUCCAGCCCCUGACACCCAUCACGGAGCGCACCGAGGUGAGCCGCGCGUGGGAGACGGACACGAGCGGCGCCGUGCCCGAGGCGCCCGUGCCACAUGGCGGUCUGCGCGCGCCGCCCAGCGCGCUGCGCCUCCCGAAUCCGUGCUCGCCAGCGGACCCUGAAGUCGUCGCUGCGCUGCUCGCCAACUUGGCGGUGCCGCUCGGCGCGCUACCUGGCUACGUCGACGCGCCGAAGGAGCUGCAGGGUGUCCUGCCCCGCCUCCAGGCGCGCGUCGGCAAGGACAGCACGUCGCGGCGUGCGUCGGUCGGCGCGAGUGCGCACGAGCUCGCCGUGGCCGACAUGCAGCUGGGCGUGCGUGCGCAGCUGGGCGAGGGCGGCUACGGCACCGUGUUCCUCGCGCAGGACCUGAACGAGGCUGUGCCGAUGGCUGGCGAGGCCGCGCCGUCGUACGCGGAGGUCGACGCCGACGACGUCGACGAGAUGGAGCGGCGCCAGCUGCUCGCGCUCAAGAUGGAGUCGCCGCCGAGCGGGUGGGAGUUCUACAUUCUCGAGCAGGUGCGGCACCGCCUGGCGCCCCCCCUGCAGCGCAGCGUCGUCGGCGCGCGGCGCUUUGUGUGGUGCGAGGACGUGUCGCUGCUCCUGCUCGAGUAUGCAUCGAAAGGCACACUGCUCGAGCUGGUCAACCAGGCGGCCGCGGCCGGUGUGAGCAGUGCGCUCACGGGCGCCGGUGCCGGUGGCGUCGAGGAGGUGCUGGCGAUGUUCUACGUGAUCGAGCUGUGCCGCGUCGUGGAGGGACUGCACACGGCCGGCUUCCUGCAUGGCGACCUGAAGAUCGACAACUGCAUGAUCCGCGCGGACGACACGGACGAGUGGAGCACGACGUAUGCGCCGGACGGCGCGCACGGGUGGGCCGCCAAAGGCGUCACACUGAUUGACUUUGGGCGCGCGGUCGACCUGUGGUGCUAUGUGCCCGGGCAGCGGUUCGUGGCCGACUGGGCGCCGGGCGCGCAGGACUGCAUCGAGAUGCGCGAGAUGCGCCCGUGGACGUACCAGGCCGACUACUAUGGCCUCGCGAGCAUCGCGCACUGCCUGCUAUUCGGGAAGUACAUGGACACGACCUCGUCCGUCGCGGACGACGGCCGCGCGCGGCACCGGCUCCAGCAGCCGCUGCGCCGCUACUGGCAGACGGACCUGUGGACGCGCUUCUUUGACCUUACGCUGAAUCCGACGCUCGCGGGCGCGCUGCCGAUCACCGAGCCGCUCGCGGCGCUGCGGGCCGACAUGGAGGCGUGGCUCACUACGCACAGCUUCCACGCCGGCAAGAACCUCAAGGGGCUGCUGAAGAAGGUGGAGAUCUGGGCGCUCCGGCGUGCCUAG